AUGGUACAGAGAGACUGCAGGAGGAGUUCUCCGCGAAGUAAGAGAUGGCGAGGGCGGUGGAAGGUACACGAGAACCCACGAGGCUCUGGGCAUCCGCCGCGCAGAGGUGGCGGACGGCGGCCGCUGGGCAUGCAGAGCGGCUAAUGCACACGGGCAUCUCACACUGCGGCUGCAUCUAGCUGUACGCGCACAUCUUACUGCGCAUGCACAGCCGCAUACACAGAUGGUGAACAGCGGUGGUACCGCCACCAUCAACUGCACAUGGGGUGGAUGGCCUGCUCCACGACUAGAGUGGCUCCACAACGGCGUGCCGCUCGGCGCUGGGGUCGCUGGCGGAAGGAUCAGGGUCUUGAGCAAUGCUGAGCAGCUGGUCAUCACUGCCGUGCAUAGGGGAGAUAAGGGAGUGUACCAAUGUGUGGCCAGGAAUGAGAGGGACUCGGCUCAGGCCAGUGCUGAGUUGAGGCUUGGAGACACGGCGCCAGAACUCCAAUACACGUUUAUCGAGCAAGUGUUGAGGCCAGGACAAGUAGUCACCCUAAAAUGUUCAGCGGCAGGGUCCCCGCCUCCGCACUUCACUUGGAUGCUGGAUGGACAGCCUUUAAACACCAUGGCUAGAGGACAUAGAUACAGCGUAGAGCAGUUCGCUACAAAGAGCAACGACGUGGUAAGCUACCUGAACAUCUCGUCUGUGAGAUCGGAGGACGGAGGUCUGUACACGUGCAGAGCGGCUAACUCCUUGGGAGAGGUCUCUCAUACCUCUAGACUAAAUAUUUACGGUCCACCGUACGUAAGAUCGAUUGGACCAAUCAGAGCCGUGGCUGGUAGAGAGCUGGUCAUGUACUGCCCUUACUCUGGAUAUCCCAUUAGUUCCGUGAAGUGGGAGCGAGAUGGAAGCCCAGUAGAAUGGGACAGCAAUAUCGAUGGAGCUCUGAGGGUAGCGAGGGUGGAGCCGUCCCAAGCUGGUGCAUACACGUGUGCAGUGAUGGGACCACACGGAGAAAUAGCCAGAAGGGAACUGCAGCUUGUCGUUAGUAAUCCACCAGAAAUCGAGCCAUUCUCCUUCUCCGCAAACCUCCAAGAAGGCAAGCGAGCCCAGGUGAGCUGCAGCGUCACCUCAGGAGACAUGCCCGUGCACUUCACCUGGCUUAAGGACAACGGGCCCAUACCCUCGAGUCUCCAGGUCGAAGAGCGGGGAGCGGAUUUUUCAGCAACUUGGUGUUCAAAGAAGUGUCAGCCCGACACAGCGGGCU